GCAGAAGCUGUGCAGUCAGGAAGUGAGCUGGGAACAAAAUGUGGAAGGCUACUGCAGGUCACGCCAUUUCUGUCAACCAGAGUGAUGGAGCUGAUGACUGGGAGACAGAUCCUGAUUUUGAGAAUGAUGUGAGUGAGAAAGAACAGCGCUGGGGUGCUAAAACUGUGCAAGGAUCUGGACAUCAAGAACACAUCAACAUUCACCAGCUGAGAGAGAAUGUGUUCCAAGAACACCAGAGCCUCAAGGAGAAAGAGCUUGAAACAGGACCAAAAGCUUCCCGUGGCUAUGGAGGGAAGUUUGGUGUGGAACAAGACCGUAUGGAUAAAUCAGCUGUUGGCCAUGAAUAUCAAUCUAAGCUUUCCAAACACUGCUCCCAAGUGGACUCAGUAAGAGGUUUUGGAGGCAAGUUUGGAGUACAAAUGGACAGAGUUGACCAGUCUGCUGUGGGUUUUGAAUACCAGGGGAAAACAGAGAAACAUGCCUCUCAAAAAGAUUACUCAAGUGGUUUUGGUGGUAAAUAUGGAGUGCAGGCCGACAGAGUAGACAAGAGUGCAGUGGGCUUCGAUUACCAGGGUAAAACAGAGAAGCAUGAAUCUCAGAAAGAUUAUUCCAGAGGCUUUGGUGGUAAAUAUGGGGUUGACAAGGACAAAGUGGACAAAAGUGCAGUUGGCUUUGAAUAUCAAGGCAAAACAGAAAAGCACGAAUCACAGAAAGAUUAUGUGAAAGGAUUUGGAGGCAAGUUUGGUGUACAGACAGACAGACAGGACAAAUGUGCACUUGGCUGGGAUCAUCAGGAAAAAGUGCAACUGCACGAAUCCCAGAAAGAUUAUAAGAGUGGUUUUGGAGGGAAAUUCGGUGUUCAAACAGAGAGGCAGGACCCAUCUGCUCUGGGGUUUGAAUACAAGGAGAAACUAGCCAAGCAUGAGUCUCAACAAGAUUAUUCAAAAGGGUUUGGUGGAAAGUAUGGGGUACAGAAGGAUCGAAUGGAUAAGAAUGCAUCAACUUUUGAAGAUAUUGAGAAACUGUCAUCAACUUAUCAGAAGACCAAGCCAGUAGAAGCUGUGAAUAAUAAAACAAGCAACAUCCGAGCUAACUUUGAAAACCUAGCCAAGGAAAAGGAACAGGAAGACAGAAGGAAAGCAGAAGCUGAGAGAGCACAAAGAGUGGCCCAGGAGAAACGAGAACAGGAGGAGGCGAGAAGGAAACUAGAAGAACAAGCUAAAGCCAAAAAACAAACUCCACCUCCAUCUCCCACCCCACAGCCAGCUGAUGAGAAGCUGCCCUCAAGCCCAGUUUAUGAGGAUGCAGCUUCAUAUGAGUCAGAUGCAACCUACAAGAAUUCCAAUACAAUAUAUUCAGCUGUACAUGAGCCGGAAUCCAGCUACAAAGCUGAAGAGUCAAACUACCAAGAAGCAAUCAGUCAGCGGGAGCCAGUAUAUGACCCAGAGACAGUCUAUGAAGUGGCAGGGGCAGGAGACCUCUAUCAAGCAGAAGAAAAUACUUAUGAUGAAUAUGAAAAUGAACUUGGAAUUACAGCCAUUGCCCUUUACGAUUACCAGGCUGCGGGGGAUGAUGAGAUUUCCUUCGAUCCAGAUGACAUCAUCACGAACAUAGAAAUGAUUGAUGACGGCUGGUGGAGGGGUGUGUGCAAAGGCAGAUAUGGGCUCUUCCCAGCCAAUUAUGUUGAGCUGAGGCAAUAA